GUAAAAACAAACGAAGCCGAUAAAAGAUAACAUUCCUCUUUCUCUGCCAAGCGAGAGAGAGAGAUGGUGAGAAUGACUGAAAUUUCAAGAACUAAAACGCUGCGUUUUCUACUACUUUUCGCUUCAUUUUCUCUACAAUUCAUUUCAGGUUUUUCUGAUGACUCUGCAAGUUCAAAAAACAGCUUAAAGACAAAGUCUAAUGCCAAUAGUAAUACUGGGACCAAGGUAGUCAUCAUAUUGAUUGGGCUUGUUGCUGUGGGGUUGUUUUCUUUUUUCCUUUUCAAGUUAUGGCAAAAAAAGAAACGAGACGAACAAUAUGCCCGUCUUUUGAAGUUGUUUGAAGAAGAUGAUGAGCUCGAGGUUGAACUUGGCCUUCGAGACUGAAUGACUGACGGCAUCAUUGAAAACUGAGCUCUUCUUCUUUGAGGCUGAAAUGGCAAUCAAUGGCUUGUGUUGUUUAGAAAACUCAUUUGCCUGAUGGUCAAAAUCACGAUUUAGGCUUAUCCUGUAGUGAGGUCAGAUGACUUUUCAACCAUAAAUUGUAGUAUUUGUAAUCAUACGUUCGAACGAAAUUUCUUAUCAAUUCAAGGCUUCUGCCAUCUUAGAAUGGAGGUGGAUACCAUUUUGUACAAGAUGUUUGAAAGGUGUUAGUUCACUGUUUGUAAAGGAUGAUUCUUAUAUUCAUUCAAAUAUUUGAAGAUAAUGCUAUGGGGAUUGAUUGCCCUUGAAUUCCUGCCCGCUAUAAUUAAAUGAGAAAUUA